UAACCCUCCGCACAGCCUCAUCAUGUCGCUGCUCCAGAACGAAGACUUUGUUCUCUACCAACUGCGUACCGCCUAUCUAUCCUCAAUCAAAGACGGUGUAGGCGAGCGUCUCAUCAACGUCGACUCUACUGUCCUCAACAAUGUCGCUUUCCGCGCCGCCGGCUGGGUGCCCGCCUCCGACAUCAAGCGAACCUACUCCCCACCUAUACCUACCGCCAUUACCUCCGAAUACUUCCAAGCCCCUCGAUCGGCUGGACUCAAGGUUCCCGAAGCAUUUGGUGAUGACGAGGAAGAGGGAGGCAUGGUGACAGGCGGCGGAGGCAGCAAUGACACGGUUGGGCCAACAUUGAACGCAAAGCGCCGGCGGCGAAGAGAACAGCUGGAAGAAGACGAUAGUAGCGAUCUGAGUGACGAAAGCGACGAGGAAGAUGAAACGCACAGACCAGCCAACCAAAUCAAGUUCACCAAAAUGCCCCUCCGAAACCGUGCUGGCUCCUCUCCCAUUCGUGGUUCAGCUUUGCGGAAUGGACUGAACGAGGCCGCAGAAGGUCCUGCUUUGACUGUAACGUCACCAUCACGACCUGGAGAAAGUCGUCUUCGCCGUGGAUCAUUAGGUGCCGUGGUAGAAGGACGGCCCCGAAGAGACACCGUUACCAGCAGCGAGAUGUCAUCCGAGAACGAGCUCGAUUCACUGACCUUCCAAAAGCGCAAAGUCAAUCCCCGCAGGGCAGCAAAAGCCAACCCGCUGCUUUCCCAACGCACACAAGAGGGUCUGGAAGCUCUCGACGAGGGAGACGAGACAGAUAGUAGCGUGUCGUCGGAUUUCUCAGGUACCGAUGAUGGAGGAUCUCUGAUAGGAGAAGAGGGCGAUCCUCUGGAUUCGUCUCCACCUACCGAGCUGCCCAACAUGCCUAGCAUGACCCCCUUCACUAACUCACCUAAGAAACCCAAAUAUCAGCCGAGUCAAACUCUCCAGGCAUUGCCGCCACCGAGACCCAUAAGCUUCAUUCUUCCGGUCAGUGAACUAACAAAAGCCCUGCAGGCCAAGGAGCAAAAGCCAUCCAAUCCUACCCAACGCUUCGCAUCGUGGAGCGCCGCCAGCGAGGCUCAGGCAAACCCUAUAUACCUCAAGAUAUACGCCCCUUUCUCUUCAAAGCCUUCUAAGCCUCUUGAGUUGCUGAUAAGAAAAACAAACGACAAGGGCGAAUCUGUCAAGGUAGCAGAGGCUAUUGGAUACGCUCUUUGGUGUUACCAGGAGGAGAAGUUGGAACCCGCGCUCAAACCCGAAAAGCUCAAUGUCAACUGUUGGGUCUUGCGCAUGUACGAUGAUGGGGAAAUUGACGAUGAAUUCCCCGCCCUAACACGGAACAAAAACCUGAUGGAUUUUGCGUCCAACAACAGCCGUGGAAUGCGUCCUCGUGCCCGGGACAAGCCAUGGGAUGAGUUUGGGUUGGUCGAGGCCUCAGAGCGUGAGAUUGCAGAAAAUGAGAAGAUCACGCCAAUUUACAGUCGCGAGGCAGCAGCGGCGCUGGCUUCGCAGGACGCGGCAUCAGGAGAACGCAAAGAAGUCAAGCAGCCCCCGAAGCCCAUACCCAGCCGUGCAAAGAGCUUUCGCAAUCCCAUCACUGGCCCUUCUUUUGCUCCGACUGCCACCCGAAAGGACACCUCGAACCUCGCAGAUGCACCCAACGUGUCCAACGUCCAAUCUGCUAGUCGCACCGGUGUACCCAGGACCGUGACUCUCUACUAUACCGACGAACACUUCAACACCAAACGCAUUCCUAUGCCCUGCACCACCGAUACCUACAUUGCCGAGAUCUUCGACAAAGUGUGCAAUACGCUUGCCCUCGAAAAAGCUCUAUACCUCCUCAAAGUGUCCGGCAGUACCACAGUCGCACCACCAGACCGCACCGUCGAAGCUCUAGGAACCCGCCUCGACCUCGACCUAGUCCGCAAACGCUUCGUAGGCGACGGCGUUUUCGGCAUCGCAGGAUCCCCCGGCUCCUCUUCGCCCAACGCACCCCUCAUCGUUCCCCCUGGCAGCGCGCCCAAGAAAGCAAAACGCGCAGAGCGCCCCGGCCCAGCAGGCUACACAUCAACCUCAACCGCGCAGCACACCGCAAACUCCGCAAUCAUGCACCCCCUUGCGCGCGCCGCAGAGCUCGGCCUCACCCUUACCCAAUCAACAUACUACCGCCGCUGGCCCGUCCUCCGCAAACAGCCAAUGUCCUUUACUCCCUCGACCUCGCGCAUCCUGGGUCUCGACGCAGAAUACAUCUCCAUCAUGCCCGGCGAAACCGGCACCACCAAACAAAUCUUCGACCAGCCCGGCAAAAUCACAACCGUGCAUUUCAGCAGCGUCGUCGGGAGCAAAGUAUCCAAGAAACACCCCAGGAUGUUCCGGUUGAUUGUUUUCAAGGAGAAGGAGACCAAAAGGUAUGAUUUCGAGGCGCAGAGUCAUGAGGAUGCUGUUAGUAUUGUGAGGGAGAUUAAGAAGGGGUUGGAUCGGUUCCAUGCCGGUGUUGCUUGA